UUAUUUUCUUCUUCUUCACCAUCCCCCAAAAUGAGACCCGAAAAUCUUCUCAUCCGCCCCACCUCAACCCAAUUCUGCACAGUUGGCUGCCCGAUUCUCGACGCCUUUCUCGGCGGCGGAAUCCCAUCCAACUCGAUCACGGAACUUGUGGCCGAAAGCGGCUGCGGCAAAACCCAACUUUCACUUCAACUCUUAUUCACAGCCCAACUUCCUCAUCACUUAAAAGGCCUUUCCGGUUCAUCUCUAUAUCUAUACACCGAAUUCCCAUUUCCUCACCGCCGAUUUAAACAAUUACUCGAAUCUUUUCGAUCCUCUCACCCGAUUUUAUUUGCGUCUUCUCGUGACCCUUGUGAUCAUAUUUUCACCCGAGAUUGUCAAACUGCACACCACCUGCUCGAUGUAUUGCUUCAGUUAGGUUCGCGUCUUGAGAAGGGGAACGAGACGCGGUUAAAUGUUAAGUUAAUUGUUAUUGACUCGAUUGCUGCGUUGUUUAGAAGUGACUUUGAGAACAAUGCUGGUGAUUUAAAGAAACGGGCGUCUUUGUUUUUCAAGAUUUCGUCGGUUUUGAAGACGUAUGCUAAUAGAUUUGGGAUUGCAGUUGUGUUAACUAACCAAGUUGUUGAUUUGAUGGGUGAUAAUGACGGGCUGAGUGGUGUUCGGGUUGGGAAUUUGGAAGAGAUGUAUACGUCUGGAAGACGGGUUUGUCCUGCUUUGGGGUUGUCUUGGGCUAAUUGUGUUAACUCGAGAUUAUUUUUGUCGAUGAAUGAGGUGGUUGAAGCCGUGGGGAAUGAGAAUAAUUUACCUGUUGAUGAAAAUGGUGGUUUUGUUAAUAGACGAAAAAGGAGGGAACUUCAUGUUGUUUUUGCUCCUCAUUUACCUCAUUCAUCUUGUGAGUUUUUAAUAAGAAAGGAAGGCGUUUUCGGAGUUCAUAGAUGACCUUCAUAAGCAAAGAAAAUUGUCAUCUUUUUGUCCUCUUGGCCCCUGUUUGUAAGUUGCAUAUUCGAAUACAAUUCAAGCAUACCCUUCUGGUUUUCAGCUAUUUUAAUCAUAUUAUUAUAUUAUGGGGAAACACAGUCCUUAGCUUUUGCUAAUAUAGUAGUGUUUAUA